CAAACCCUUGACACACCCAUAAAAAUCCAUGAUGGUGGUACGGCAUCAAUCUUUCGGUCAACUAAUGUCCCUCACAGUGCUUCUUCCAUGAGAACUACUUCUGCAAGAGUUAUAAGCGAACUUGCUUACUAAAGAUCGCUGCAAAAAUGGUGAUGGCUGCCUUUGGAAACAAAUGUCAGCAGCGUAGUAUACAUUCCAGGCAAUCACAGAACCUCACAAUUCAGUUUCAAUGUUUGAGGCCUUCUAUUGUCCGUGUGAACAGUAGCCGGAAGGCAUGUGCGUCGGCUUCUCCCCUGCUUGCAACAACUUGCAUCGGACCGACUCCGUUUAAAGCCAAGACCACUAUGCCUGGGCGCUUCUCCGUGCGGCUUAAACGCAACGUUUUGGGCGCGGUCUGCCAAGCGAACAAAGGAGAGAAGAUGACUGUGGCUGUGACAGGUGCCACGGGCCUUGUUGGUAGCCGGCUGGUCGCAAAGCUGGCGGCAGCAGGACACAAGGUCAGAGUGCUCACUCGCAACCCAGCCACCGCCCGCGCCAAGCUGGGCUACCCGGGCCUCGAGUUCUUCGGCCCCGGGGAGUGGGCCCGCGGGGUGGAGGGCGCCACGGGGGUGGUCAACCUGGCGGGGGAGCCCAUUGCGACUCGGUGGACGGAGGAGCUCAAGCGAAGCAUCAAGUCCUCCCGAGUGGGGACCACGACAGCACUUGUGGACGCCAUCAAAGCGGCACCUGAGGAGCGCCGGCCACAAGUGCUCGUUUCAGCGUCGGCAGUGGGCUACUACGGCAUCAGCCAAAGUGCCACGUACAGCGAGGACAGCCCCUCGGGAAGCGACUACCUAGCGGAGGUGUGUCGCGCGUGGGAGGCGGCUGCGGAGGGCGCCGCCGCUGCCGGAGUCCGAGUCGCCAUCCUGCGGAUUGGCAUUGUACUGGCACCAGAGGGUGGCGCACUGGGCAAGAUGCUGCCAGUUUUCCAGAUCUUCGCAGGCGGCCCCCUGGGCAGCGGCAAGCAGUGGAUGAGCUGGAUCCAUCGGGACGACCUGGUGGACCUCAUACUGCAGGCCCUGUCCAACCCCUCCUUCUCUGGGGUCUACAACGCCACGGCGCCCAAGCCCGUGCGCAUGAGCGAGCUGUGCUCCGUGCUGGGCAACAUCCUGGGUCGGCCCAGCUGGCUGCCGGUGCCGGACUUUGCCCUCAUGACGCUGCUGGGCGAGGGGGCCAGUGUGGUGCUUGAGGGCCAGCGUGUGCUGCCCACGCGGACACAGGCCGCCGGCUACCGCUUCAGAUACUCGGACAUCGGAGACGCGCUGCGCAACCUGCGGCUGGCGGGGCGGUAAUGAAGGCUGACGCUGUCAAGGUGCCUGACUGGGGUGGGUCGAGAGAACACUGACGACUGGUGACGACUGAAAGGUGCUUAAGUGGCUGUAGUUGAACACAUCACAAGAGGAGCAUGCCGGACUGACUAGUGACUAGAGGGGAGUCGGGUACGGUAGUAGCUGGCUGGCUGCUGAUAGACGAUGUAGCUGUGUAGCUGUGCUGUAUAGCCUCUGCUACGAAGUAUGGGGAGGGAGGCAUCUGGCCUGGCUGGAGUGG